CGUAACCGAGCGGAGCGUAGCGUAGCUGCCGGAGGGCGGUACUUGCAGCGAGAGAGUCCCCGUGACCCCGACCCCGCGAGGAAAUUAGUGCGUGAGUCAGACGACCCCCACCCUCGUUUCUAUCCCUUUCUCUGCAUUUUGUUCCCAUGCUCGAUGAUCCUCUCGAGGCCCGCACCUGGCAGACAGCCAGCCACGAAUAGUUGACUGGUUUGCUGGUCUCUGCGGAGGAGGUCCGGAGCAUUACUCGAAGCAGGAGGAGGAGAAGGAGAGGAAGAAGAAGUGAGACCUGCCCGCGUGCGAGAGCGGCAGGAACGCUGCAGUCUGCUGCAAGCAGCGACGAGAGGCGGAGUACAGGUCUUCUUUGGUUGGUCUGAGCCGUCUAGCAUUGUUGGGGAGACCUCCAGUUCGAAUGACAAAGCAAGUCGAACCACUUGGCUGCAUAGUGGACUGAUGGUUUGAGAUGAUUUUAGGCCGUUUGCAAUUUAGUUCUGUUUCGCCCGACUUUGAGCAACUCGACCAGGUGUUUCGAGAUUUUGUGGUCGGUUUAUUGGGACGGACGGUGUAAGUCAGCGCUUUGUGUUACAGGCAGGCGGGCGGGGGGCAGUGUUGUGCAGUGUUCCUUAGUUUCUCCCUUGCGAGGGUUUGGAAGCGGAGAAGACGGAGGAGGAGUAAAGCGGUGAAAAUGGAGGUUUCUUGCGAGGCUGCAACUUUUCGAGGAACCUCGGGCGAGCGAAAUUGCGGUGAUGAGUUGGUUUCUGUCUCGUUUGCAAGGAUGACAUGAAUCUUUAGCUCAGUGGUUGGGUGUGCUGAUUCUGGUCUCUCUUACAAACUUCUUUUCUUGCCUUGAGAUCGACCGGGAUCUUGAAGAAGUUUCGUCGAUUGAGGAUGGCGUAUGUUGAUACCGGAGAGGAUGAACUGGACUACGAAGAUGAGGACUAUUCCGAGACGGGAAGAACCUACACGCAUCCGACGGGGGCCAUUGCAGCUCUUGCUGAGGACGAGUUAGAAGAGGAUGACUAUGAGGAUCUUUAUCAGGAUGUAGAUGUGGGUUUUUUUCAAAAUUCCGAGGGAGGUCCUCCGCCCCCGGCACGGUUCCAGAACAGCGGUCAAAAUGGCGCAGAAGGGUAUGGCGACGAAGAUUAUGCUGAGGACUACGAGAGGGUAGGACGAGGAAGACCCAGCGAAGAAGGAAGAUAUGCAGAGGAGCAAGCAUAUAGAGAGAGGACACAACCUGGUAUUGCUCCAGGAGCAAGGAACGGGAAAGUGAAAGCGGAAGGAGACUACGAGCCGCAGGAUUACGCAGAGGGCAGUAGAGCGGAGGCCCUCGUGGAACCGAAGGAGGAGGUAGGAGAUGUCGGAGAUAAUGAAGGUGGCGCAGAUCAAAAUGAGAAGGAUGAUAGAGCGAAGCAAGUGAACUUGGAGAUGAGUAGGGCUGGAGAAUAUGGUGCGCGAACAGGAGCAGUGGUUGCACCCGCGAAGGUCAGCGAUGAAAGGGAUCAACCAGAAGCAGAUACCGCUAUGGGGUUAGGAGGACGAACAGGUAAGAAUCCUACCAAGGUCAAGGAAGAAGGCGAUUUCUCUGGGGGUAGUCAAGCCAGGACCGAGUUGCAAUUAGGAAGGCCUGCAGCAGGCAGAGGUAAUAAAGCUCCUGGAGCAGGCACUGGACCUGGAGGGUGGGUCAAUGGGGGUGCAACAAAUGACAGCGGAGGACUUUCGAGAGGAGGAGGAGCCCCUUCCUCUAGAGGAGGGCAAGAAGGUUCGGCGAUGUGGCCAGCAUCGGCAGGGAGAGGUGCCGGGGCACCGACGACAGCAGCAGGAAGUACUCUGGGAGCUGCCGUUUUGCCUGCGGCCAACACCGCUGCUACUAUCCCGAGUAGAGAGGCAGUUGGUGCGCCUACUGAUUACGUAGCGAAACAUGGAGCAGCUCAUCAACACGAGACUGGGAAUAUCAUGUUAUUCGUUGGUGAGCUCCAUUGGUGGACAACGGAUGCAGAACUGGAAGCGGCUCUUUCGGAGUAUGGGCGUGUGAAGAACCUCAAGUUUUUUGAGGAAAAAGCCAGCGGGAAGUCGAAAGGUUAUUGCCAAGUUGAGUUUUAUGAAGCGGGAGCAGCUCGAUUGUGCAAGGAGAAAAUGGAUGGUAGGGUAUUCAACGAUCGACCCUGCGUAGUGGCCUUUGCAUCGCCGCAGACGAUCAAGCAAAUGGGUGCUGCCCAAGUUGGCAAAAAUCAAAAUCAAGCGCAGGGUCAAUCAGGUGGGCAAGGUAGAGGACGGGGUGAUUCUGGCUCAGGCGGUAGAGGUGGAGCGGCAGGCGGUCAAAUGGGAGAAGGAGGUAGAGGUUACGGAAGAGAGAAACUUCCGAUUGGAGGUCGUGGUCAAGGACCAGGUGAACGGGGAAGAGGAUCUGGAAGAGGAAGGGGAGGAAAUAUGACAGGACGAGGUGGUGGUUUAGGAGGAGGAGGGGGUGGAGGUGCUCCAUUCGGCCAAGGUCCACCUGGUCCUAUGGGCGGAGGCCCUGGAGGGAUGAUGCCUCCUCAAGGAAUGAUGGGAGGAGGAUUCGACCCUGCAUUUGGUCCUCCUAUGGGAGGCAGAGGUGGUUACGGUAUGGGUCCUGGAGGACCUGGAGCAGGCUUUGGUCCUCGAGCGCAUCCUUUUGGGGGAGGGCCUGGCAUGGGACCUCCAUUUCCUGCAAUGGGUCCAGGCCUUCCAGGGGUUGCACCUCAUGUAAAUCCAGCCUUCUUUGGGAGAGCAAAUGGGAAUGGACCGGGAAUCGGAAUGGAUGGACCAGCUGGAGGAUGGGGAGAAGGGCCGAUGCCUGGCUGGGUUGGCGAGGAGCACGAGAGAAGAAUGGUGUAUGGAGAGGAUAUGGGUGGGCCAGAUUAUGGCUAUCCUGGAGAAAUGGGUCCUGAAAGAUUAAGACCGGGCCCAACGAGGGAACAACGAGAGAGAGGUGCGGAUGGAGAGUGGGUUGGACCGGAGAGAAGACGUCGAGAAGAUCGCGGAGAGGGUGAAUGGGAUAGAGAAAGACACAGAGAGAGAGGUGAACGAGAGGGAUACUGGGAACGAGAUCAGGGACGGGACAAAGAUAAGGAUUGGCAGGAAAGGGAAAGAGCUCCAAGGGCAAGAGACAAGCCGAGAACUGGAGUUGAAGAGGAGGAGCGGCCAAGGUCUCGAGAUGAAGAUUUUGGCAAGAGGAGGAGAAUGGUUGCCGAGAGGAAGAUUGAGCGGUAGCUUUUGCGUUUUGAUCCUUUGAUCGAGGACCUGCUCAUUCCACAAUGUUUGAUGUGUUCUGUUUGCUUACGUAACAUGUGUGUGCUGAGGGUUUGUACCCAGGAGGUUUUAUGUGGACUCCUAGUUCAGAUAUAAUUGUAGUCACAGGAAGAAUACUUUGUCGAUAUCUACGAGUCCUGGUAACUGAAGUGGGAAUUGGUUAAUCAGUAGGUGCCUAUGAUGCUGGAGGAAACAAGUUAUGUUGGAUCAGGGUGCUUAAAACACGGCCAUAUUGGCCUGGGAGGGGCAUAGUGUUAACUUCGCAGCGCUAGGAAACAUCAAAUCUGCCAACCCUUUGUCUGGGUAUCACAUUCAGCAACCGGAAAAGAUCUUACAGCAUUUUAGUUACUCUUUUCAUGAAUGAUGAGCUCAUGUCCUUGCUUUUAGUAGCUAUGUGAUGGACAUAUUGUAAUCUUUGCGAGCUUGAUCUGCACGUCCAUAUCUUAAAAAUCGGUAGCCAUAUGACCUUGUACUGAUGGUUUCUGUAGCUGUACUGGGUCUCCUUUGGGAAACGAGGAAUGUGCCAAGAAAGAGCUGGAAUGGUCGGUAAGAUUGAUCUUGAAGAUCUUUUCACAUCGUGUUUAACGAUGUUGUCCUGUUAGUAGGCGCCACUUUUUGAAAUCUGGUAGUGUACACUUCCAGUUGUAGCAUUAUUGAGUAGGUAUUAGAAAGUCAAAGUAGGUCGGUUUGGCACAUGAAUCUUUCUUCUCUCUCGUUCACCUCAGAAAAGUCGGCUUGUGGCUUGUAUAGCAUCUUUCACAUCGUCCUGCAGUCUGUUUGGAACACAACUCCUACGAAAUAGAAUAGAAGAAAGCUUCGUUACACAAUUGUUGAGACAAUAUUUCUUGCUAUGUCUGGGAUAAGUGGAUGACAUAGCAAGAUGUGCCCAUUGCCUGUUAGUUAUAAUAGCGAAGGAGAGACAUCUCUCUCGAAUCAGAAGAUGCACAUUUAGAUGGAGGACAUACUAUGAAAAGUUGGGUGCGAAGCUGAUGGAGACAUCUCCAUCGCUGUGUAGAUAGAUUUGUAAUUAUG